CCUCGUGCUCUCCCCUCCCCUCUCUUUCCUCUGACUUCUUCGCCCCCUCCUUCUCCAGUCCUCGCCUCCUCCUCCUCGUCCUCUCCUCCCCCGCACUGACCCGACCCGACCUGACUGACUCGCUCGCUUCGCUCCCAAGCUCCAAUGGCGACGCAACUGCUUACCUCACGCCGCGCGCCACGCGCCUGAGCACCAACCGGCCGUCAUCGCCCCCGGCCGCCCCGCGCGCCCCGGACGAAGAACACAUGGCCGCGCCGGGCCUGGACGAGGUCAUGGCCUUCCUCACCGACCACGGCUUCGCCAGCACCGCCUCCGCGCUCCGGGACGACGUGCUGGGCCGCGCCGCCGACGGGGAGCCCGGGCCCGCCGCCGCAUUAGAUCCCCAGCUCCCGCCCCUCCGUAUGUCGGCCUCGGGCGCCGGCCUGCCGCCGCCUGCCAGCCCCGGCUCCAGCUCCGGCUCGGCGUCCUCCUCCGCCUUCGUCAGCAUGCGCUCAUCGCCCUCAGGCCUGCUGAACCCUUAUGGCGUGUGGUCGUCGCAGCACUCGCUGUCAGACGCGUCGUCAUCUGAGAUGGAGUUCGGCACAGCACGCCAGUACGACACCACCGACCUCUUCUUCCAGGAAGGCUGGCUCUACGACGACCACAUCUUCCAUACCAAGCCGGGCGACAGAGACAAGGAGGAGGACAAGUUUGUUCUCGGCGCUCAGGGCGGCCCAGGACCGGCAGAAACGUUCGUGUUUGGCCCUGGCGACUACUGCCGCCAUGAACACGCCGGCAAUGACGGCUGUGAGGGGUGCGCCGAGGUGUACACCUGCUCGUCACCGCUCUGCGGUUGCUGUGCCAGGGGACUAAAGAAUUUUCAGGAGCUCGAGGUGCUCAGGAAUUCUAGCUCUGCCGUGUAUGGGAGGUACAAGAUCAUGGAUGACCAGACGGAGAUACUGGAUGAGUGUGGCCCGGAUGUGUUUCAGAUGAAGCAGAGUGGGGAUGCUGUGCUUGAGUGUGAUUUGCCGACAAAUUCUGUGCAAGUAGACGACCAUAUGGAGCUGAAUGUUGUGGAGAAGGAGCUUCAAAUGCUCAGUUCAUUUGAUACUUAUGAUGAUGCUGAAAUUGCUGCAAGUCCAGUACAGGUGCGCCAUGUCACUGAUAAUGUAGAGUUGGAUUAUAACAAUGAAAACAAUCUGAAAAGCAGCAGUGAUAAAGAAUAUCUGAAAGAGAGUUAUAGCUUGCAUCCUUUCCCUGAGACUGAUGAUUAUGAUGACACCUACGAGUUUGAAGAUGUUGGGCCAUUGAAUACAGAUGUUCGGAAAUCUGCUACACUUAUAGCUGAGAAAGAAGAUCCAGAGUCAAACAUUGAUCAGGCCGUCUCUAAUUUCCAUCAGGAAUACGAGGUAUUUGAAUUGAGAAUUGUCCACCGCAAGAACAGAACUGGCUUUGAAGCAAAUAAAGAUUUUCCCAUUGUCUUGAAUUCAGUCAUAGCAGGAAGAUAUUAUGUUACUGAAUAUCUUGGCUCGGCUGCAUUCAGCAAGGUUGUCCAAGCACAUGAUCUUCAGACAGGAAUAGAUAUUUGCCUAAAAAUAAUAAAAAAUGAUAAGGAUUUCUUCGAUCAGAGUUUGGAUGAGAUAAAACUGCUGAAGUUUGUGAAUAAAUACGAUCCAUCAGAUGAGCAUCAUGUACUGCGGCUCUAUGACUACUUCUAUCAUCAGGAACAUCUUUUCAUUGUCACUGAAUUACUGCGAGCAAAUCUGUAUGAGUUUCAGAAAUAUAACCAGGAUUCUGGUGGUGACUUGUACUUUACAUUUCCUAGGAUACAGGCAAUUGCUCGCCAAUGCUUAGAAGCUUUGGUAUAUUUGCACCAUUUAAGGAUCAUUCAUUGUGACCUAAAGCCAGAGAAUAUCCUUAUCAAGAGCUACAGCAGGUGUGAAAUUAAGGUCAUCGAUCUUGGAAGUAGUUGCUUCUUGACAGACAGCUUAUGCCUGUAUGUCCAGUCACGUUCUUAUCGAGCUCCCGAGGUCAUUCUGGGCCUGCCAUAUGAUCAGAGGAUUGACAUUUGGUCUCUUGGUUGCAUCCUUGCUGAACUGUACACUGGUGAAGUACUAUUUCCUAAUGAGCCAGUGUCCAUGAUGCUUGCCCGAAUGAUCGGGAUAAUUGGUCCAAUAGACAUGGAAAUGUUAGAGUUGGGACAGGAAACACAUAAAUAUUUCACCGAUGAUUAUGGCCUUUUCACCAAGAAUGAGGAGACAGGUCAAUUAGAGGAGUUAGUCCCAGAGAAGUCUUCUUUGCGACAUCACUUGCGAUGCCCUGAUCCGCAGUUUGUGGAUUUUCUAUCUUAUCUGCUGCAAAUAAACCCCAGGAAGAGACCAACAGCCAGCGAAGCGCUCGAGCAUCCGUGGCUUUCAUCCGAGUACUAAUCUGGGGCCAGCCACUCCUUUCUUCUGCUUCAGGGGUGAUUUGCUCACGUUAUAAGGAUGAAGUUUCGGUACUCCUUUUGUGAAGCCUUCUUUUAAAAACUUGUAAAAAAAGAGUGGUUUUCUGAGAGUUCCAUGUGGCAUGAAACGUUGCUGUUUCCUUGAGGUGUAGAGGGUCUUUGCCCUUUUGGCUGCAGGCUUUGUUGAACUGGCCUGUGGCCCGGUUUCUUGGUUGGUGUCGGUCUUUCAGCGCAAUUCUCGGAGUGGAAGCCUUGCUGAUUCAUGCGUGUAUGUAAAUAUGAGGAAAUUUUCCAUGUGUGUCUGUACAGCUGAAACUUACACUUGUAAUCUAUGUGAUUCAUCAGUGAAAAUUUAAGAUACAAAAA